AUGGUUCCUCCAGUUGCUUCUAUUAUUAAUUUUGAUCAUCCUUCCAUCAAGACUCCACAAGAUCCAGUCAUUGACCAAUUGUCCUUGAGUGAUGAAGUUCUUAUCCGUCAUAAUGCCCCAGCUCCAACCUUGUACGAAGAUGGUUUGUUAGAAAAGGGUACCCUUAUUUCUUCCACUGGAGCCUUGAUGGCUUACUCUGGUAAGAAGACUGGUAGAUCUCCAAAAGACAAGAGAAUUGUCGAUGAAGAAACCUCAUCUGAACACAUUUGGUGGGGUCCUGUCAACAAGAAGGUUGACGAAUUGACCUGGAAGAUCAGUAGAUCCAGAGCCUUGGACUACUUGAGAACCAGAGAAAAGUUGUUUGUGGUGGACGCAUAUGCUGGAUGGGAUCCAAGAUACAGAAUUAAGGUGAGAAUUAUUUGUGCCAGAGCUUACCACGCUUUGUUCAUGACGAAUAUGUUGAUUAGACCAACUGAAGAAGAGUUGGCCAACUUUGGUGAACCCGACUUCACCAUUUACAAUGCUGGACAAUUCCCUGCCAAUGUUCACACCAAGGGUAUGACUUCGGCCACUUCUGUGGAAAUUAACUUUAAAGAUAUGGAGAUGGUGAUUUUGGGUACUGAAUACGCUGGAGAAAUGAAGAAGGGGAUUUUCACCGUGAUGUUCUACUUGAUGCCAAUCAGACACAAGGUGUUGACGUUACACUCAUCUUGUAACCAAGGUACUGAAACUGGAGAUGUCACUUUGUUCUUUGGUUUGAGUGGUACCGGUAAGACCACCUUGUCAGCUGAUCCUAACAGAAAGUUGAUUGGUGAUGAUGAACACUGUUGGUCUGACAAUGGUGUUUUCAACAUUGAAGGUGGAUGUUACGCCAAGUGUUUGGACUUGUCUGCUGAAAAGGAACCUGAAAUCUUCAACUCCAUCAAGUUUGGAGCCAUUUUGGAAAAUGCCAUCUACGAUCCACUCACCAAGGUUGUGGAUUACAACAAUGCUUCGAUUACUGAAAACACCAGAUGUGCUUACCCAAUUGAGUUUAUCCCAUCCGCCAAAAUCCCUUGUUUGGCCGACACCCACCCAAGUAACAUUAUCUUGUUGACAUGUGAUGCUUCUGGAGUGUUACCACCAGUUUCCAAGUUGGACAACUCCCAAGUCAUGUAUCAUUUUAUCAGUGGAUACACCUCCAAGAUGGCUGGUACCGAAGAAGGUGUCACCGAACCCCAAGCCACCUUUUCCGCUUGUUUCGGUCAACCAUUUUUGGUUUUGCACCCAAUGAAGUAUGCUCAACAAUUGUCUGACAAGAUUUCGCAACACAAUGCCAAUGCCUGGUUAUUGAACACCGGUUGGGUUGGCGCUUCUGCUGCCAGAGGUGGAAAAAGAUGUCCAUUGAAGUACACGAGAGCCAUUUUGGAUGCUAUCCAUUCUGGUGAAUUAAACAAGGUUGAAUAUGAAAACUUCCCAACUUUCAACUUGAAGGUGCCUAAAUCGUGUCCUGGUGUUCCAGCUGAGAUUUUGAACCCUACGAAUGCUUGGACCGAAGGCGAAGCUUCGUUUGCUAAGGAAGUGACUGGAUUAGCUACUAAGUUUGUGGAAAACUUUAAGAAGUACUCUGACCAAGCCACUACUGAAGUGAAAGCUGCUGGUCCAGUUGUAUAG